UCUCUUCUCGUUCGGUUGGGUCCUACACAGAAGACCUCAGCUCACCUCACCCACUUUCCCAUGUUAUUAUUUUCUAAUUUCUUCGAUUUACAUUUUCGGUUUGACGGUCUCUCAAUUAGGGUUUCCUCUUUUCGUUUCAUUUCAGCUUAACUUUCCUCUUUACUUCAACCUAUUAGACUGUGAAGAAGAUCUGUUGGGUCGUUUCUGUAGUGGCGUUUUCUUUUUUGUUUUGCUUUCUCUAUUAGUAUUUUCUCUUUUGCUUUUUCCUGUAUUUGUGCGUGAAAGUGAAACCGAAGAAUAAAGUUGGUUUUACUCACGGGUUUUGUUGAAUUUUCUUCCGGGAAUAUUUCAGCUUUAGGUUUGAUUUGGGUUUUCUUGGGGUUCGCUGCGAGAUUCCGAGCUUGAGAUUUGAGGCUGAUUCAGUUUGGUGCUUGUGGGUUUGAUAAAGCUUGGAAAAAGGGUAUGUUUUUUGCUGCUUAUAUAUCGUGUCUUGGGUUUGUUUUCUGUUGCUUUUGGUGAAAAUUUUGAUCUGCUUCGAGCUUGAAUUGUUCUUAAAGUUAGGCCUGCGGAUUGUUUUAAGCUUGAAUUUGGAGGUUUUGGGUACCUUUAUAUUCAAGCUUUGCAGUAGGGAAUUCAAUAUUGGGCUAUUGAAGUAAGUGUUAAGUUCUCUUGAAAGAUUACUGAUGCUAUUUGAGAUUGAAUUUCGACGUUGUGGGGCUUCCUGUGAAAGGUUUUGAAUGAUAGAGGGUAUGUGAAGCAAAUCAAUUCUUGGUUUGCUGAAGCUAGUAUUUUGAGUUGUUGUUGGGGGGAGAUCAGUACUGUUUCAGCUUGAAUUUUGUGUUGUGGUGUUCUAUUUGAAGCUUUUCAAUAGUUUGAUUUUGUCAGCAUUUGAUAAACUUGUUUAGAUUUUGGAGUACGGUUAGAAUUGAGUUUCUCAAAAUGGAUAACUCGAAAAAUAGGCAUAAUAAUGAUCAUCUGGGAGUGAAUAAGAUGGGUAAGAAUAUACGGAAGAGUCCUUUGCACCAGCCUAAUUUUGCUGCUAAUAACAAUGCUAAUAGGCAACAACCGCAGCCUCAGGUUUACAACAUAAGCAAGAAUGAUUUUAGGAACAUUGUGCAGCAGCUUACUGGUUCACCUUCACAAGAACCUCUGCCUAGACCUCCCCAAAAUCCACCAAAACCCCAAAGUAUGCGGUUGCAGAAGAUACGGCCACCUCCAUUAACACCAUUUAACCGACCCCAUAUACCCCCUAUGGCCCCUGCUCCUGCUCCAAUGCCUGCUCGACAUCCACCCCCUGUUCCUUACAAUAAUAACUUAGCGAGGCCUCCUGCUCCUUAUGGACAACCAGUGCCACAAUAUGGACAACUACAACCAAUGGCACCUUGGGACAACUCUGGUUGGCCUAAUACAGCUGAGUCUCCUAUUUCAGCUUAUAUGCGUGACCUUCAGAAUGUUAUUGGAGACCCGGGUCCUAGGGGAAACCAAGUUCCACCUCCCUCAGAUGCACAGUUACAUCCACCGCCUCAAGUUCAGGGUCAAGUUCACCCUCAGCCACCAUCAUCUGGUUUGCUACCAAACCCACCUAUGCCUGGUCUUCCUUCACCGAGAGUAAACGGUCCAGGUCCAGUCCCAUUGAUGCCUAAUUUCCCUUCUCCACGAAUGAAUGGACCUCCACUUUUACCAUCACCAACCUCUCAGUUCCUUUUGCCAUCUCCUACUGGUUACAUGAACUUUUUCUCACCUUAUCCACUGCUCUCUCCAGGUUCUCAGUUUCCUCCACCAAUGACACCCAACUUUGCAUUUUCUCCCAUGGCUCAGUCUGGGAUUUUAGGUCCAGGGCCUCAACCCCCACUUUCACCUGGGCCUUUUUUUCCGUUAUCACCUUCUGGAUUUUUCCCUAUCUCAAGUCCAAGAUGGAGGGAUCAUUAACGGACGCAUAACAUUGUUGUAUUCAUGAGUUCCUACCUUAUGUGGAGCUGACACCUUCUUUAUGCCGACUUAUUCUAUUAUUAUGGGAAAUUCAUUGUGAAAAUGUAAUGUACCAUGGUGGAAGAGGACCUAUCAAAAGUUUGUAGUCUUCUUUUCUAUGUUUAUUCUUGUAAGUUUUUUUGUCCUUUUUUUCACUUAUAGCAAUCCUGCAGCUUGUUUGAGAUUAGAUUUUGCUGCAGCUACGAUGUUUUUGUUUUCUUGGGAAAGUCUACAUUAGGUGGAAUAGUAAAGAUCGUACAACUCAACUGGUUACCUAGACAAGAGUUGUAGCAUGAAAGACAGCUUUAACUUGACAGGAGUUAGGAAUACGGACAUUAAAUUUUAUAUAUAGGCAACCUAGUGGAAGAAUCCUUCUGUACUUUUAAUAUUCAAAGCCCUGAUCUUUUUUCUGUUGUACCAUUUUCUGCUCGAUGAAUUGUUGAAUAAUUUCAGAUUUUUAGGCUCA